UGACAAACAACACAUAAGACCCUUUUUUUUUUUGCUUCAUAAGCAAAGAGGAUAUCACAUGGGCAGUGCGCUGGCAUGGCCCUGUAAUCCCUAAUCUGCCUCAACCCAUACUAGGAUAUUAAGAAUCCUCAUAUUUCUUAGUUGUUAGAAUUAAAUGCAGCACCACUCCCCCACCUUUCCCACGUUUUAGCCCAUUUUUUUCUCAGAGGAUUUUCAUCAAACACCUUCACAAAGCCCCAUCUCCACCUAAAUUUUAUUGUGUUUUUAGCUCACAGCACAUGGUGCCUUAUCUCACAUAUGGAUGCCCCAGUUAGGCCAUGUUCAGAUAUUGAUAAUAUAACAGAUGAAAAGGCCAGAACACAAGAUCUCGGUAGCUUUGUGGCUAUGGCGGUGAUGGGAGAUGACCCUUUUGGCUCUUUUUCUAUCAGGGAUGAGAAGGUGGAGGCUGUGGAUCUUUUGGAAGUGUGCUGGUUCUUUGAGAACUUGCUUGAGAGGAGAAAAAUGAUGUCUAGAUGUUACUCAGAUCCUUGCACUUCUUCCAACUUUUGUCAAGAGAUGAUGGUAAGGAACUCAUAUGCCAAUGAUCGCAGCCCUCCAGAGAAACUCCCCGAAGGAGAUGAUUGUGUUGGUCAUACUUCACCUUCACUGCCUUGUUUAGGGAGGAGAGAGGCAACCCAAGAGGAAGGACCCGGUUCAGGACCGAGCAAGUCGACUCAGAAUCAUUUGCUCGGGUCGCCGUCACUGCCGCCUAGUGUAGAGAGAAGGGAAGGAGAAAUACAAGUGAAGGAUGUUGAUUUGGUGCAGCCUAAUUUGCUUAGGGCACCAUCACUGGCACCUUGUGUAGGGAGGAAGGAAGGAGCAGUCCAAGAAGGGGAAAUCGGAUUGGAAACAGGCAAAUUGACUCAAAAAUCGUCGCAGCGAGGUUUGCUUAGAGCCCCAUCAAUGCCACCUUGUGUGGGGAGGGAAGGACUGAUUCAAUACAAAGAAAGGGAUCCUAGAAGCAGCAAAUUGACUAGGACAACAUCCCUUAGCCCUCCUGAUAUCUUGCCUCGACAGCACACUUCUAAGGGUUUGGCCCAAAACUAUGGCACACCAAGGCAUCGACUGCUCAGAAAACAAGAAGAGGGGACUAUGUCCAUGAACGUAGCCAAGGAGAUGAGGCGUCGAUACCUCAAUCAAACCAAUGUGAUAAGGAAGAGUCUAAGCGAUCUUGAGUAUGAAGAAGUACAAGGAUUCAAGGACUUGGGGUUCACAUUUGAGAAAGAAGAUUUAAGCCCAAGUGUGGUGAACAUACUGCCUGGUCUACAAGUCAAGGACAGAGGAGGCCCAGUGGAGGAAGACAGUGUGAGGAGGCCUUACCUUUCUGAGGCAUGGAUUGAGCAGUGCUCAGCUCCUCCAAUCCCAAAUUGGGUUGGCAAAAGUUCAGCACAAGACAUGAAGGCACAAAUCAAGUUUUGGGCAAGAGCUGUGGCCUCCAAUGUGCACCAAGAGUGCUGACCAACCAUGAAAUUCUCUAAGUGCUUGGGAAAUACCUUAGUCCGUUACUAUAAUCUGUCUAUUAAUCAAGCUUUAGCAUUAGAAUAAGGUUAUGAAUGGCACCCAAAUUACCAUUCAAGGAUUAAUCACACCCAAGUCUGUGACUAUAAUCUGUCUAUUGAUCAAGUUUUAGCCUUAGGCCCUUGUCUAUUAAUCAACCUAUUCUUUCUCUCUUCUGGGAUUAAUCACAUUUUUUGCUCAAAUUCUGAACCUAUGUAUAUGGUCCUUUUUUUUUUGAAUGAGAAUAUCUUUGUGGGGUUCCAGAUA